UUCUAGAUUCGUUCUUUUUUACUGGGACUUAUCAAUGGCAGCGCCAACAGAACGAUUUCAUGUACUUUCACAGCUUGAUCAUUUGCAGUCAAAAUAUACGGGUACUGGACAUGCCGAUACAACGAGAUGGGAAUGGCUCGUCAAUCAGCACCGUGACACAUACGCAUCGAUGAUCGGCCACCCAGACCAUCUAAGUUUGAUAGCAGUAUGCGAAAACGAAUCGCGGGCUAGGAUUCGGUUCAAUUUAUUGAAUCAGAUGAUUGCGCCUUGCGGACCACCACCUGAAAAAUCUCCACUUGACGAGUGAUCUCGUUACAUUAUUAUUAAUUUUCCAGUAUCUCUGGAAUCGUAUAUUGUUGAAUCGAUGGGUGAAAGUUUGAGAAGUGCUUUUUCCUGUUCGUUGCAGAACUUUCCAGUAAAGCUAGAUUGUUCUGCUUCUUUUUCAUUUUGUCCGCAUGUCCGGUUGUUCAUUGUGUUUAUUGGUACCAUCAUUUAUUGAUUUCUUUAUUAAUCUAGAAAGUAGUGUAUGUGUACUAAAACAAUGGACUUCCUUCCAGUAUAGUGUUGUUAGUAAAGCUAUAAAUGAAAAAAGGAA